GUAUGAGUCUUGCAUCAUGCCGGCUGACAACAAACCUCUGGAGAUGGCUGUGCUGAAGAGAGUGAAAGAGCUGCUGGCUGAAGUGGAUGCAAGGACGGCGGCAAAGCACAUCACCUUAGUCGACUGCACGAUUGCAAGAAUACUGGGAGUCAACUCGGAGAUGCAAAGGAUGAUGGGAGUAUCCUCUGGCUUGGAGUUACUAACGCUACCUCACGGACACCAGCUGAGACUUGACCUGCUGGAGAGGUUCUACACCAUGUCCAUCAUGACGGCCGUGGACCUGCUGGGCUGCACGGGAAGCACGGAGGAGCGGGCGGCCCUGCUCCAUAAGACCAUCCAGUUGGCGGCCGAGCUGAAGAGCAACCUGGGUAACAUGUUUGGCUUCGCCGCAGUGAUGAGGGCGUUGGAGCUGCCGCAGAUUUCCCGGUUGGAGCAGACGUGGGUGACGUUACGGCAGAGACAUACAGAAGGCGCCAUCCUGUAUGAGAAGAAGCUCAAACCUUUCCUGAAGAAUUUGAAUGACGGCAAAGGUAUUCCGAUUGCAUGUCAUCUUGAAAAUAUUCAGACCA